AGGAUACUGAAUGUGUGCUGAAGAGAAACUGCUGCCAGACCUGCCUCCCAUCUGCCAACAAGAGAGUUUAGAGUUCCUGUACCUUGGAGGGAAUUUCAUUACUUCAAUUCCACCUGAAUUAGCAAACCUGCCAUCUCUAAGCUAUCUAGUUUUGUGUGACAACAAGAUCCAGAGCAUUCCACCUCAGUUGGCGCAGCUGCAUUCCCUGCGCUCCCUUAGCCUGCACAAUAACCUGUUGACUUACCUCCCUCGAGAGAUCCUCAACCUGGUUCACCUGGAAGAGCUGAGCUUGCGUGGGAACCCACUUGUGGUUCGGUUUGUCCGUGACCUGACCUACAAUCCCCCGAGCCUCCAAGAACUGGCUGGACGCACAAUUAAAACCCGCAAUGUUCCCUAUGCUCCCAGCGAUCUCCCAGAGAAUCUUGUCCGGUACCUGAGCUUGGCCAGCAACUGCCCCAAUCCUAAAUGUGGGGGUGUCUACUUUGACAGCUGCGUCAGACAAAUCAAGUUUGUUGACUUCUGUGGGAAGUAUCGUCUCCCGCUGAUGCACUACCUGUGUUCCCCUGAGUGCUCCUCUCCCUGCAGCUCUGCCUCCCAGAGCUCCACUUCCCAGAGCGAGUCCGACUCUGAGGAUGAAGCCAGCGUUGCUGCGCGCAGGAUGCAGAAAGUCCUCCUGGGAUAAAAAGGACUGAGUGGGAAAGACUGGAAGGAAAACAUACUAGAAAAACAAUAAUGGAAGUGCAAAGCAUGAGCCUCUGGCCUGAGGAGCUCAUGAGAAACUGUCCUCAAGUCCACAUAAGGGGAUGUAAGAACAUCUUAGCAAGGCUAGACUUGCUUGGUGCAAGGCUACUUAGGAGAACUAACUCAGUGGCGUAGUGCCUGUAGGGUGCCUGGGGUUGUAAGAAAUGUCUGCUGUCUGUGAGAUCCCUCUUGUACACAGUGGGGAGGGGGAUUUGUUCUGAUGGGCAGAUUUUAAAGGGGUUUUGAUAUAUGACACUUCACUGGACUUUAGUCAUCCUGCAGAGCAAGGGAGACUGUCCAGGGCUUAUAACACUAUGGUAAAUCAGAAACAGGUUAAUGAUGCUGUGUGGGUAUGUGUGGACCCCAAUGUUUUGUACAGUGUUUUGAUUCUUUUCUGGCUCCUUUGAUUUUUGGUUACAGAUUUUUACACCUAGCCACCAAAAAUGUUUGUUGUUGUUUGGGGAGUUUUUUUGGUCAGGAGUAGAUUUUCCCAAACUCUAGGUUUUUUUCUUUGCCUAGAGGCAUAGGGUCUUUAUGCUUUUGUACAAGUGAGUUGCCUGUUUUCUUCCUUGUUAUACCAAGCUGCUCUUAGUGUUUCCUCCUAACUUAAAUCCAUUUUUCCUCUGCCUGCCCCUUCCUAUUAAACCUGGAGUGUUGCUAUCUUUAUAUGGCCUCAAGACAACAGGCAAGUUGUUCUAUCUAGACUUGGGAUUAGUUCAGAUCUGUGGUCAUAUGUGCCUGUGCUAAGGACCAGAUGCAAUGCUCUGUAGCAUGCUUUUGACCUCUCAGCUUACUGGAGCAAAUCUGCUCUUAAAUAUGUGACUUGCAGGAAGGGUCUUAGGACUGACCUUUCCGGUUUUUAAACAACUGUGUCCCUCACUGUGGCUAGCUCUGCUAUGCUUGGUACAGUGUUACUUUCUAUCUUUAAGUUAUCUGCUUAAAGUAGGCAGCAGCUUAGUGAGUUAAAAGUACAGGAAGAAGCGCUGUGGAGAAUGUUAUUGUUUUUCUUUCUUAUUCCUAACAUGAGAGGAAAAGCUGGUAGGAGGAAUAUAAAGCACGUUUUCUGAGCAUCUUGCACAUAAGUUGGUUUUGAAGCUUUGUGCUUAUUUAUCUGUUUGCAUUUACUCUUGUUCUAGAAGCUUAGGCAGUCUGUUGAAUUGUUCAAGUCACACAUGCAGUCGUCUUAAACUAUGUUUAAAGGAAAACUGCAGAAAAUAGCCCAGAACUUAAAGUAUUAAGAAAUAGCUUUUAAAAAUUAAAACUAUGAAAUUGGCAGGUAUUUGUAAAUCUACUUAUGGCGCUGGUGUAUGUUUUGCUCAGUCAGAGCUGCCCCUUUAUUGAUAUUUCACAGCAGGCAGCCCUUUUGAUGCAGUUUGAGAUACGACAAAUCCAACUGUGCGUUUGAAUGUGUGAGCGCAGCGAAUACUUUUAGAGGUAAGAAGCUAAAUAAACUAGCACAUUUUUUUUAAUCCACUUUAGGCGGAAGGGGGAAAUAAAUACCUGGAUACCUCUUCUGCAUUAAGAAAACACAGGUAGCUAUUUGAAUAUCUUAUGGCAGCUCUGUGUUAAUGGUUCUUUUAAUUAUGUUUGACACUUUAUUAAAGCACUUUGGUAAUUUUACUCUUUGUAACUAGCUUUAGUGAUUUUUUUUUUUUAAUUGCAAUUUUUCUUUUAAUGUGACCUGAAGAACAAGGUCUGUGAAAUUCUAUAAGUGCCAGUCUGUCUUGGUGGGUAGGUUGAACUUCUUGCCUUGAAGUUCGUUGACAGUAUGGCUUAGUUCCUCGGUUUCCUUUGUAGAGAACACUUUGAAAGAAAUAAUUGAGUUGUAAAAUAGCACCCCUUCGGUUAUUAAUCAUUGCAACAUAGACUCUAAAGAGUCCCCCUGUGCACAUACACAUGCCUAAGGAACUAAAUUGCACAUGCUCUGUGCCUUUUUUUAAUGUGUGUAUUUAAAUCACAAUAAGGUAUAUGUUCAAAGCAACUGGAUGUCUCUUUAGCAGAUUCUGUGAGGUUUGCUUGGGAAGAGGAACCUAAAAACUUUGAGAGAAACCAACUGCAUGCUGUUAGUUAGACUGGGAACAGUGGCUUAUGUUUUCUCCUUCAUGUUCUCCUUCAGGUGCUUCUUGCUGUCCCGAGUGACUGUUGUCAUACCAAUGCUAGAUGACAGUAAACUGAUUGCAGAGCCACAAUUUCAGAUUUACUGCCAGUAUAAUUGUAGUGAGCAGAUGAAUGAUUUAGAGCUUGACUCUUUUGCCAGUGAAUGUGAGCCACACAAGUUGAGAUCUCAAGAUCUUUUGAGCUCAGGGCCAUGAGGUACUGUCUGCCUGUUUUCUCUUGAGGAGCAGCUUUCUCCAGUGAUGUACUUUUCACUUCAGAAAAUUAGAUUUCACAACCACUUUGCUGCCACAAAUCCUGUUUGCACAGUAGCACCUCUGGGUGAUGGGUUAAGACUAACGGCUUCCAUACUGGUGACUGGUUCUAAUUUAGCUCCUCCCUUAGCUGCAUUUUCUUUCCCAACCAAACUAGUGUCCAAUUUCUGGCCCAAUUCUACUAGGGUUAAUAGUGAUUUCUCUUCAUUGCUUUUUCUCUGUAACCAGGUCAAAACUUGGCAGCUCAUGCAGUGGAUAUCUCUAUGCAUUUCUUUGAAAUCUUUUUAGAUUUUAUCACAAAGUAUCUUAUUUCUUAAAAAAUGUGUAUAUAUUCCUGAAUACAGCUAAUUUUUUUUUUUCUUUUUGCCGGUGGGCUUUAAAGUGCAAUUCAAGUAAGUCAGGGUUUAAAACAAUCAAGGACUUGUAAGAAAUAGAAAUGGUUGUUUUUCUUGUUCUUCAGAGGUAGGUUUGAGAGGGCUUAAGAUGAGGUCUGUACUGCAGUGCUGAACAUACUGAGCCCUAAGGAGUCUUGUUUUUCAGCACUUGUUAGCCCCCAGACAGACAAAAUUUGAAAAUAUGAGGAGGAUGGUAGGAACUAGUUUCUGUUGUCCCCUUCUUCCUGCAGAGGCCCCGAGAAGUAGAUGGUGGGUUUGCCAGCGUUACAGCUCUUUUGCCAAUUUUAAAUAGUGGAUUUCCAUUCGUACAGAUGCAUCUCCAUUGGUGAAGUCUUCAGUCAGUGAGUGUUUUGGUAUCGGUCCCCUUGUUGCUACAGCAGCCCCGCGUGUCCAGCUUUUGAAAAUGUUCUUAAGUUGAGACGCAAAUGUGUGAAGCGAAGUUGCUCAUUCCAUCUUUCCCGUGGCGUCCAGGACCCUGCCUACAUUGUUCCUCUGUCCCUCCAUCUCUUUGCCAAGAAAAGCUGAUGGGGUGUUUCUGAAUGCAGGUACUUAAUGCGAAUAGUGGGAUCACAUUAAAAAGAAGCAAAAUACCAAUUUGACUGGAAGCAAUUUAUAUAGUUGCCAAUUCUUUCAUGUUUCUUUAAUAAGAGGUGAGACUUGAGGAAGGUGGUAAUGAAUAUUUAAACAUACUCUGAAGUGGCCAGAUUCAGUUUUUCAUGGGCUUCUGUCCUGGUCACUUCAAGCCUUGGAAAUCUUGUGUUGAAUUAUAAUGGGAGUAGGGGGGAGGGAGGGGAGUAGCAGCUCCUUUUUGUUACUUACUCUUUUUGGCAAUAAUGAAUGGAAGGAAUUUAAUCCAAUGAAAGUAAUGAAACUUAAUCCCUGCAAUGUCUUUGUUACCCAGUUCAAAGAACCAUUUUAAUGCAUCUUAUUCACACCAGGCAGAUGAAUUCCCUCUCCCCCUCUUUGUAGAGUCUCAAGAUACUUCAAAUAGACUUCUUCAGGAUGCACACUAAUACAGCAGUAACUCUAUCUUGGAAGCCUUUCUAUUGAUUAUUUCAUUUGCCUGCCUGACUAGAGGAUUGAUCUUUUACUGACCUGAGCAUUAAGGGUAGAAAGGGUUCUCAUCUAGUCCUCUGGGGAAUUUUAUCAUGAGCAUUUGUUUUAUGAAGUCUUAGAGUGCCUUAUGUUUUUAAAAGUAUAUUUUGCUGGAAAUGUAUAAAUAUAGAAUAUCUGUAACAGUAUUUCUUAAUGAGCUGUAAAACAAAUUGUAACACUAAACCAAAAAUGUUAUUUCUACAAUUGUCUCUGUCUGUUAUUUGACAACAUCUCUAGUCUUGUUUUGCUGCAGGCAGAACACUUGCAGAAUUGUGAACAUUAAAAAUG